UCUCUCUGCUUCCAACGAUCUUCAUCAAUCAUCAGUCAUCACCAUACCAUACCAAUCCAUUUCUAGAGAGAGAGAGAGAGAGAGAGAGAGAGAGUAUUGAGGUUGAGGUCAUGGCUGACGCUGCUCAAAACGGCCAGCUCUCCGAUUUUCCGGCGGUCCCGACCCACGGCGGCCAGUUCGUCCAGUACAACAUCUUCGGCAACCACUUCGAGAUCACGUCCAAGUACCGGCCCCCGAUCAUGCCUAUCGGCCGCGGGGCGUACGGCAUCGUCUGCUCUGUUCUGAACUCGGAGACGAACGAGAUGGUGGCGAUCAAGAAGAUAGCGAACGCGUUCGACAACCACAUGGACGCCAAGCGGACGCUCCGCGAGAUCAAGCUGCUUCGCCAUCUGGACCACGAGAACGUUAUUGGCAUUAGAGAUGUGAUUCCUCCUCCCUUGCGGCGAGAAUUUUCUGAUGUCUACAUUGCCAUGGAACUCAUGGACACUGAUCUCCACCAAAUUAUUCGUUCAAACCAAGGCUUGUCGGAAGAACACUGUCAGUACUUCUUGUAUCAGAUUCUACGUGGACUGAAGUAUAUACACUCUGCAAAAGUUAUUCAUAGAGACUUGAAACCCAGCAAUCUUUUACUGAAUGCCAAUUGUGACCUUAAGAUCAUUGACUUUGGCCUGGCACGACCAACUGCGGAGAAUGAAUUUAUGACUGAAUAUGUGGUCACCAGAUGGUACAGGGCACCAGAGUUGCUGUUGAACUCUUCAGAUUAUACUGCUGCUAUAGAUGUGUGGUCUGUUGGGUGCAUAUUUAUGGAGCUUAUGAACAGAAAGCCUUUGUUCCCUGGGAGGGAUCAUGUGCAUCAGAUGCGUUUGCUCGUAGAGCUUCUUGGCACACCAGCUGAUACCGAUCUUGGGUUUGUGCGAAAUGAGGAUGCACGUCGAUACGUAAGACAGCUUCCUCGACAUCCCCGUCAACCAUUAGCUAGUGUUUUCCCUCAUGUUCAUCCUUUGGCCAUUGAUCUGGUUGAUAAGAUGUUGACAUUUGACCCAACAAAGAGAAUCACAGUUGAAGAGGCACUUGCUCAUCCUUAUCUUGAAAGAUUACACGACAUAGCUGAUGAACCCGUAUGCCCGCGACCAUUUUCUUUUGAGUUUGAGCUACAGCCUUUGGGAGAAGAGCAGAUGAAGGAUAUGAUAUAUCAGGAGGCUAUAGCACUCAAUCCAGAGUUUGCUUGAUGAUGUUUAAAAGUUGUUAUGAUGGAUGAGGAGCUGCGAACUAAAGCAGAAACAACGCAGCGCA